AUGUUGUCAAUCACCACAUUAGCUAUAGUAGGCCUGGCGGUUCUCGUCAUCUACAAGGGGAUCAUCUAUCCGGCAUUCCUAUCGCCAUUAUCCAAGAUCCCCAAUGCCCAUUGGAGUGCUCCCAUCUCCCCAGUCUGGAUGCUCUGGAGACGAUUCACAAGCCGGAACAACAGGACCAUCCAAGCAGUCCAUGAAAAGCAAGGUCCGAUUGUCAGACUCGGGCCAUCCGAGAUCUCCGUAAACUGCGUCGACGGCGGAAUCAAGUCUGUCUACACAGGCGGAUUCGAGAAACAUGACUGGUACCCCCGAGUCUUCGGUUCAUUUGGAACCGUCAGCAUGUUCACCAUGACCGGAAGUAAGGCCCACUCCAACCGGAAGAGGAUGCUGUCAAAUAUCUACUCUAAAUCAACCUUGCAGACGUCUCCUCAUUUGGGUGUUGUAUCCAAUGCAGUCAUAUUCGACCGCCUGCUACCUCUUCUCCAAGAAGCAGCAUCAUCCGGUAAAGAAGUGGAUGUUCACGAUCUAAACCAGGGACUAACAAUGGACUUUGUCUCAUCCUACCUAUUUGGACUUCAAAAUGGAACAACAUUCCUCCAAGAUGAGUCUCUCCGGAAACACUGGCUUCAUCUCUACCUAUGCAGAAAGCCCUUUGAGUUCUAUGCCCAGGAAGUGCCCUACCUGGAUGGAUGGCUGAGACGCAUCGGCCUUCGCGUGAUUCCGAAGUACUGCGAUGAGGCCAAUGCGUAUCUCGAUGCGUGGGCUUUAGAUCUGUGCGACAGGGGUGAUCACUUAAUCGCAUCGACUGAACCGGGCGUUGAGCCUAGCGUGUACAAGCAGCUGAAACAAGCUCUAGACAAGGACUCAGCAAAGAAGGGCGUGGCGGAUGUGGAUAGAGCCCAGCAGCGACUUGAUAUCGCCUGUGAGAUGUAUGACCAGUUAACAGCCGGCUUUGAAACAAGUGCCGUGGGUCUUACGUAUCUGCUUUGGCAACUUUCUCGGAAUCAAGACGUGCAGGACAAACUCAGGGAAGAGCUUAUGACUCUCAACCCUCGGAUCUCGUAUCCAAAGUCUGCGGAGCUUCCGUCUGCCAAGUCGAUUGAUAACCUGCCUCUAUUGGAAGCUAUUGUGACGGAGACGUUGAGGCUCCAUGCUCCCAUCCCCGGGAUUCAGCCUCGGGUGACACCAUCGCCGCCUUGUACUUUGGCCGGGUAUGGAGAGAUUCCGCCUAACACUAGAGUGAAUGCUCAAGCCUAUUCUCUGCAUCGCAACCCGGAAGUCUUCCCUGACCCGGAGAGCUGGCAGCCGAAGCGGUGGUUAGUUGAUGACAACUCAGCUGCUGAGCUGGAUGAACGACGUCGGUGGUUCUGGGCAUUUGGAAGUGGAGGGCGCAUGUGUGUUGGGAGUAAUCUUGCACUGCAAGAGAUGAAGCUGGCCGUCGCAGCGAUAUACACCAAUUUCCGCACUACCAUUGUCGAUGAUGACAAGAUUGAAGCCAUCGAUGCGUAUACCGUGAAGCCACAAGGUGACAAACUGAUCCUAAAGUUCGAAGCCGUAUGA